GGGCGGAGAAGCCACUGGUGGUGUUCCCGUCCUGCUUGUGUGUGGUGACCCCUCUCUGUACUGAAGCAGGCUGGAAACUAGAGAGAGCUAGCAUGCCCCAAGACAGAGCCAGCCUCCAGCUUUUUUUUUUUUUUUUUUUUUUUUGCCCUCAGUGCAGCUGGGGCUUCUUGGCACACCUGAGCAGAAUGUCACAACCUGUUUCCAGUAAAACUCAGCCAGGGAGGCGAGCUGCAGGGAGAAUAUGAGAGGAGCGGGCCAAUACUGUAUCUGGAGAGUUGACACCUCCUGUGGAGUCCCUAAAAAGGCACCAAAUUUAGGAUCAUCACCCUGGUGAGGGCACCAAUGCCUCUGCUCUGGAAAAAGACAUUGGUCCAGAGCAGUUUCCAAUCAAUGAACACUACUUCGGAUUGGUCAAUUUCGGAAACACAUGCUACUGUAACUCCGUGCUCCAGGCCUUGUACUUCUGCCGGCCGUUCCGGGAGAAUGUGCUGGCGUACAAAGCCCAGCAAAAAAAGAAGGAAAACCUGCUGACCUGCCUGGCAGACCUUUUCCACAGCAUCGCCACGCAGAAGAAGAAGGUUGGCGUGAUCCCACCAAAGAAGUUCAUUUCGAGGCUGAGAAAAGAAAAUGAUCUCUUUGAUAACUACAUGCAACAGGAUGCUCACGAAUUUUUAAAUUAUUUGCUAAACACUAUUGCGGACAUCCUGCAGGAAGAGAAGAAACAGGAGAAACAAAAUGGAAAGUUAAAAAAUGGCAACAUGAACGAACCUGUGGAAAAUAAUAAACCAGAACUCACCUGGGUCCAUGAGAUUUUUCAGGGAACGCUCACCAAUGAAACUCGAUGCUUGAACUGUGAAACUGUUAGUAGCAAAGAUGAAGAUUUUCUUGACCUUUCUGUCGAUGUGGAGCAGAAUACAUCUAUUACCCAUUGUCUAAGAGACUUCAGCAACACAGAAACACUGUGCAGUGAACAGAAAUAUUAUUGUGAAACAUGCUGCAGCAAACAGGAGGCCCAGAAAAGGAUGAGAGUAAAAAAGCUGCCCAUGAUCUUGGCCCUGCACCUCAAGCGAUUCAAGUACAUGGAGCAGCUGCACAGGUACACGAAGCUGUCUUACCGCGUGGUCUUCCCGCUGGAGCUCCGGCUCUUCAACACCUCCAGUGAUGCGGUGAACCUGGACCGCAUGUACGACCUGGUCGCGGUGGUGGUUCACUGUGGCAGUGGUCCUAAUCGUGGGCAUUAUAUUACUAUUGUGAAAAGUCAUGGUUUCUGGCUUUUGUUUGAUGACGACAUUGUAGAGAAAAUAGAUGCCCAAGCUAUUGAAGAAUUCUAUGGCCUGACAUCAGAUAUAUCAAAAAAUUCCGAAUCUGGAUAUAUUUUAUUCUAUCAGUCAAGAGAAUAACUCGCAGAGCUGUGGGACUGAUUCAAGUGGGGGAAAUGUUCAAAGCUCUCUCACCUGGUUUCCCAGACGUUCCUCUUCCCCAGCGGCCACCAGGUAUUACCCCAAGUCUGGGUGGUCUGGCCGUGUUACACUCUCUCUCCCUCGUUUUUCUACAUGCAGCACUCGUGGUUUUGUUUUAGUCUGAGGUGGAGUUAACUACAAUCAGACUGUAGUAAGGGUUAGGGGAAUAACUUUUGUUAAUUUUAGGGUUGGGUACAUGCUGUGCCACCUGCUAUGUGUCUGGCUGAAUUAGAAUGACAGUUCCUACGAACGUCGAGUCUAUUGGGGUCUUAGCUAAACUUCCUAAAUGGCUUCCGGGGUCUCCUUCAAUGCAUUCCUUUAACUUGUCCCUGGAAACACUGCUACCCAUCUUUAGCUUCUCUGCCUCUUUUCUGACAGAAGGACAGAAGAAUUGGGUAGACGUUCACCUCUUAGAGCUGGAACUAUAGCUUUAAGUUUGUGCGAGUGAAGAUGUUUAAAAGUGAGUAACCUCAAAAGUGAGACCGCCCCCCAGGUGGAGCAGGGCGAAGAGAAGCCGUGCCGGUGGCCCGCGUCUGCCCGGGCUGUGCUCACCUCGCCGGCACGAUUCCCAGGCCCGGGAGGUGCGGAGCUCAGGGCAGGCGAAGCCAAGACGAGGGAGCUUUGGUGCACAGUGGAGACUUUCUUUUCUUAUCUUUCUACCAAAAUCGAGUUUCAGGAAAAUAACUCUGCUCUUUGUUUUUAGUGACACUUUUCUUCUGUCCCGUGAGUUGUAUCUAUCUUUUAUCCAGCACUGCUAAGUUUUCCAAGGUAUCUUUCCGAUCCCGCUGGUGUUUCACGGCCAGUAGUGGCAGGGCUGAGACCACGGUGACUGCCUCAGGUGCAGCUCUCUUUGGCCAGUCGGCACCGACACCAUCCUUUAUGAGAAGAACCAAAUUACUCACCUUGCCCACCAUCAGCCGCGUUGGACAGCUGUUGACAUUUGAACAUUUCAGUCUGUUUACUGAGGCGCUGGCGAGCCCCAGGGCUAAUGUGGAAACUUCUCUCCAGGAGACACUGGAGUUAGCUGGGUUUGAAGGUGGGGAAAAGGAAGUGUCAGUCGGCGAGUGGAGGGAUGGACAAAGUGGUAGCGUGUCUUUGGCUCAGACUCCUAGAAGGCUCGACACGACAGAGCAUUUUGGAAGAACCUCAUCUCACCAUAGUUACUUUUACCUUUUUCACUUUUGUUAUAUGUGUAUUUAUUAGAUCAUUUGCAUAUUGGUACCUUUUAUUAAAAAGGGUCGAUAUGGUGUUUUGCUGUUGAGCUGGUUUUUGGUUUCUUACAAAUAUUAUGAGUUGCAGAUCUUGGCUUCCUUUGGGAAGUCCAUUGGCUUCCAUACACUAUAAUAUACUGUGAACCUGUUACUUUGUUACCUAAUAAAUCAGCGAACGAACAUGCAAACUUUUGGCAUAAUGUGAACUAAAAUUGCAAUUGAAAAUAUUACUGGCCAUUUUGCAACAAGUAAGAGCAUAGCACUUUAUCUGUAUGAAAACUGGAUUUCUUAUCUUGGAAAUAUCUUGAACUGUUUAUCGCUCAGAACUUCGAUAAGCAUGCCAACACUUCAUCUGAUCAUGCUUGAAGUGAACAUCUUUUACUUUUCACUGGAGAAGACAAAAACAGGGUGAUCUUCACAUUAUUGUUUUCUACAAGUGAUGAAAAUAUACCUUGCCUUGUAUAGAGGCGAAUUCAUAUUUAUAAACAUUUUGUCUUUUUUUUUCCUCCAUGAAACAUGCAGUAAUCACUUACCUGGAAGGUGAGUUUUUAUUCUGUUUUUAAGGAGAGACACUUUCCAACUGAAGGUGAAUGAUACAGGGAGCUAUUUGUACUACACAUAAUCCCUAUGUCUGACUGCAGGUUGAAACUUUAAGAAAAUGAUGAUUGAUCUCUAAUAUAUUUGAAACUGAUACAUAAGAAGAACUAUUAAAAUUAUCUUUGAAAUGAUUCUUGAAGUUAACGUAUUAGAAAGUUUCAGUUGGAAGCCUACAGAAGUCAUAUUUACAUGCUAAGUCAUAGUUUCAGUGAUUUUUUUUUCUGCAAUGUGUAAAAGGUUUUUCCCAGUGACUUAACUGAAGUAAUUCAUUUCAAUAUUAAGAAAGGAUCAGGAAAAAGAAGUCAAUUAAAAUUCAGUAUUCAUGGAUAAAUUUUUGGAAUUAAAAAAUACGUAUCGAAGAUAAUACAAAGACAUUAAAAUGGUCAUGUGAUGAAGGAAAAGAAAACUGAAAAAAGACCAAAACACACUUAUCCGCCAACACUCCAUCAGUUUUUUAAACUUUAGAGCUAUCCAGGAAUUUCUUCCCUCUUCCUCUUUAAUAAAUGACAGAAACACAAGGCAGCUACAUUCCCCACCCCCACCCCCAGUCAUUUCACUUUAUGUGAAGACGAUAGCACAUAAACACUUCUUUCUUUUCCAUCCCUCAUUCGCUGCGUGAAGCAGAGAGUGGAGUGGGAUACGUGAGACCAUCCUGAGAUCAGACAGCACAAAGGCUCAGUGGUGUUCCCACAGUGGCCAGCUUUUUGUGUCACUUUCUGGCAGGAGUGAAGCCUGCUGUAUUUCUUUUAACUACUGGGUGUUUUAAAAUAAGUUACAGUGUUUGACACUUAAAAAAGAGAAGGACUGUUUGCUUUAUUGGUUACUUCCUUGUUUAACGUCUAGACUAUGGUACAGUGUGCUAAAACGUCGUUUGUUUAACAGCCCACGUUGGUAGAAGGCUGAUAUUUUUUGUCUUGUUAUUCCGAUGCAUUUUCCAUUCCGAGGCCACGUGAAGUGGGCUGGUUUGAAGGGAGCCAAGGAACCACACAAGAGGGUGGUAGGUUUGACUAGGAAACUAGUCUUGUUGGUUUUAUAGCCUGAUAUAUUUUGGAUUUCAGAUGAAAUGGGGAAAAAAUGACAGAAAUGGUCCUAUGCGUUUAUUUUCAUGGAUACCCUGAAUUUUCAUGGGCAUGCCUAACAAUGAACUAGGUUCUAACUAGAGCUUAGGGCUUAUUUUAGAUAUUGGAGUGUAGCUUUAUUACAGAUGGAUUUUAUCUUUAAACACUGCAUUUUGAUCAACUUUGUAUAUUCAUGUGUAUUAAAAUAUUGUGUACUAAAUGUUUUGCCCUCGUUUGCUAUUAUAUGGUCAAGGCAUUUAUCAGCACUAGUGUGAUUAACUCAUGUAAAUGGCAUGGGUCAGGGAAAAUGAUUUCCUAUGUUUCUGCCUAAUUAAGUUUCUGUUUUCCAGUAUUACAUUAAUUUAUUUUUGGCUUCCACUUAUGUAUAACCAAAAUAGUUACUGUAUUUGUGUGGCAUUCAUUUAUUUGACUUUGUUGCUAAAAAAAAUUUUUUUUUAGUUUUUAUUUAAAAUAAUCUGUACCUUAUUUUUUUUAUGUAACCAAUUCAAGCACUUUAAGCAAUAAUGUCAAUCUUGUGAAACUUCAAUCAGUUUAACACCCUGCCUCUAAAAUUGUUUGCAAAAAAUAAAUAAAUAAAAUAGGAAUUCUCUUCCUAGAGAAUUAUAUCUGGAUAGUGUUACACACAUGGACUUUAAACCCUUUUUUAUAAAAUGUGAGUUAUUGGCAAGUCUCAGGUAACCAUUCCAAAGUUAAUUUUGAAGCAUUGAAAAGAAUACUCUGGUCAUUGCAACAGGUAAAGCUCCUGCUGCUGUCCAGGUUUGUAAAGUUAGUUUUCUGAAGGUAACUCACCACUUUUUUUGAGUGAGAAAGAUCAACAGAAUGAAUCCAGAAACCUAUGUCAGGGGAAUAGUCUCAAUUUGCUACCAGUGAGAAAAAGAAUUAGGGGCAGGUAUGUUAGGCAUCCGGCGAAUUGCUUAGCUGAGAUUUUGCAUAGAAAAUGCCCUUUGCCAGUUAUGAAAUAAAAGAUCCAUACCCCAAAUAAGGAAGUGGCUUCCAGCUCUUUGAUCCCAUGGGCAUCUGGUUCUAGGAAAGAGUAGGAGUGUGGUCCUGGCCGCAGGUACGACAGCCAGCCCCAGGCUUCCGGGCGAUGCCUGAGCUGUGGAGACCGCAGCCAGGUGCAUGCCGCUCCCUGCACUGGCCUGCCCAUGUCCUGUGGUCUCAGAGUGUGCCCCCCCCCCCGCCCACUAGGGCCGAGACUCAAGCUUGCUGUUAAAAUGCUUAAGGCUUCUCUUCCCCCACCCCCAAACAGUCACUUCAGGGGUCUGUGUGUGGGCAGACUGUCAUCUGAAUACUCUUGCCUGGGCCCAGUGAUGGGAAUAAAACCCCACAGACCACGAGCAGAGCGAUGUGCCUUUAGGUCUCCCAGUUCAUCCAUCUUCUCUUGGGGCGGUUCAGGGGGACCUGACUGAACAUAACAGGGGCUCGGUGGGGGACCACCUGCACCAACCUUGAAGGCUGUGGGGAUAGAAGACCUCAGGAAAGUGUGUUCUUCUUUCCGGCCUCCUUUUGUCCGUCUGUCAAAUGGGGUUUAUAGGAUAGACUUGUCCCCAGCAGCAUGACACUUUCUGGCGAAUGAGAAGAGUUGCCCAUUUCUCCAAAUUUCCCUCCCUCUGUUCAUUGACACCUUGAACAGAGAAUGAAGCCUUCUAUUUCCAUGCUUUAUAUUUACAUGAAGAUAAAAAUGCUUGCUGAGUCAUUUUCCCCCCCCGAGGGAAGAUUUCGAUCUUGGGGAUAGUACUUGAGACAAACUUCUUAGACUUGUCCUAGAGAUGUCCCAGGAGGAGAGUUUUUUUUUUUUAUUCUUAUUUUUCAUUGAAGUGUAGUCAAUCUACAAUGGAGAGAUUUUUAAUUAAGCGAUUGUUUAGCACUUGUUGUGUGCUAGGCAUCGUGAUAGGAGUUCGGGGAUUAAAAAGGUGGAGCAGAUAGGAUCACCUUCAGUCUCUUGCCUCUGAAAAAAGGUGUGUGGAAAAGACAUUUACAGUGUGGAGAUGACACGUGGGGGAACGGAAUUCAUCACAACUUACCAAGCUCGGGUAUUCGGCCCGGGUCUCCCCGAGCAGACAGGGCUGCUUCAGUUGGUGCUGUUAGAUAAAGCAGGCCGGUCUCUUCUUCCCUUGGAUCCCCUGGGAGUCCCACUUUCUUGCCUGUUCUGCCUCUUAUUUAGCUCCUAAUAGGGACGACACAACUUUAAAAACAAUGUGUAAAUCCAUUAUGUUACAGCAAUGGACCUGAGCAUUUUGCCUCUUCAUUUUCAUGUUCAAAGAGCCAGAAUAUUGAAGGUUUUAACAGUGAAUUUUAUGCAUAAAUUAUCUAAACAAUCUCUUUCCAUUAUUACCGAAUAAUUAGAGCCUGUCCAGAACUUACCAGCAUCAAUGAGAGUAUGAGUUUUUAAGCUGUGUGACUCAUGAUUUUAUUGGCUUAUCCACCUAUGUUCUCUUUUGGGGCUCCCUUAUGUUUUAAUAGUUUAAUUAGGAGCUUACGAACAGAUGAAAACCAGCUUCAUUUUGGUUCUGAGACACCAGAGUUAGAAGUGGCGUUAGAUUUUUGUAAAAAGGAUUCCUAAUUUUGUGCUCAUUUCUCCCGUGAUGAUUUCUUCAUAAUAAAGUAUUUAUUAACGAC